UCUCACUCUCGCGCGCGAUAUAAGUAUCACCUUCGCUCUCUCUCGCGCGCGAUCUCACCUCGCUCUCUCUCUGUCUCGAUCUCUUUCGCCCUCGACCAAUCUCUCCCUCUUCUUGAAUCCCUUCUUGAAUCCGACAAUGGCAGGGGGAACAAAGAGGAAAAUUGAAAUCGCUAAACGUGAAACAAAAGCCCAAAGAUCAGUCGCUUUUAGCAAACGCCGUCGGGGUUUGUUCCAAAAAGCGGCAGACCUCUGCCGUAUCUCCGGCGCGUCCGUCGCCGUCUUGACUACUCCUCCCUCCGACAAACCCGGCUUCUAUUCCUUCGGCCAUUCUUCGGUCGAUAAUGUUGUCGAAGCUUUUCUCUCUGGUCACCGUCCCACCUCUCCGGCUCCGGAGACCCGCGAUUACUUCGCGGAUACAAAAUUAGGGUUAGAGUUUUUGUCGGAGACCCCCGACGAUCCUGAGGAGCUGCAAUCUUUGAUCGAUAGAGCUCAGGAACUGAGGAAUAAUGUCGCGCUUCUUCUUGAAACCAGAGGACAACAAAGCGCUUCCCGGGAAUGUAAGAAUUAUGCCCUUCCUAUUCUUAAAUCUGAUGUCAAUUGCUCUGGUUUUGUAGGGAGUCACUACCUCGGAAGCGGUCGUGGGUUCUGUCUAGAUGGCGCCGAAUUUCCAUUCUCAGGAACCGACCAAGGAAACACGACUUCAAGAAUCCAAGAAACCGUCAACGAUUUCAACUGUGGGUAUGGUUCGAUCAAGAUCGGUCAUUCCGAUAACGGCGACCAACUACAACAAGGCUCUACAUCACCAACUACAACAAGGCUCUCGAGCAGCUCGAUCAGGCCAUGAACAAGGGCGACGCUUCCA